AAUGGCAUAGAAGACAUUCAAUCGCCUCCUCGCAGGCAAAAAUGGGGCAGUUUCAGCAACUGCUGGCACAUAGACCAUGUACAAUCAAGCUCAUGCCCAUGCCCAUGCCCAUGCCCUCAGCCUCUCUCCUUCCCAUCAACGCCGCCUUCUCAAAGCUUCCCACCUCUUCUUCUCUCAGAGUCACCCCGCCCACUCGCCUUCUUCCUAUCUCGGCCGCCCCAUCUCGUUUCGUCUGCAAGAUGAACGGUUCAGUUUGGCUGAAUUUCAAUCCUGGCCAGGGGCUGAAAAGGCACCAAGAUCGAUUAGAUUUGACAUCACAGCUGGAACUUGGGAAGUCAGGCGGAAAAUGGAAACCACAGAGGCAAGUGAAUGGAAUAUUCUGGAUCAUUCUUCUUAAUCUUGGAAUAUUUGUGGCAGAUCAUUUAUUUCAGGGGUGAAAAAGCAUCCAUAUGAAAUUCGGAAAAUGAAAUGCCCACAAAGUCCCUUAUAAUAUAGCACGUGGUGAAUAGGAUUGUCAAAAUCAUUUAUCAAGCAGACUGAUGGAAUGUAGGAGUGUUUUCCUAAGAUAUAUAAUUUUGGAAUGUGGAGAUGCUGAAUAAAUCUGGAGAUCGAUUUGUGCAGCUUAAAGGGAGAGAACAACAAUAUGAGUUAUCUUGUAAUAGAUGGUAGGAAAAGUCAUGCUGACCCCUGAUUUUCUACAUUGUUCCCUUCUUUCCGUUUC